CGUAACUGCACGACGCCCGCCUAACCUGAACCAAAAACUCUAAGCCCCGGCGUAAGAUAGCAUCAACCCACAAAAACCCCGAGAUCAAAAUUGCCCCCCUCCGCCUCCUCUCUAAAACCCUUCCUAAACCCCAUUUCUCUCACUUUCUUACUAACUCUCUAACAUUUCCUUACAAUCAUGACAAAGCCACUGAGUCUGAUCAAAGAAAAUGUCUCGAAUCCGAAGGUAUGGAUGGUGAUAGGCGUAACUGUGGCGGGGAUCGUGGUGCUAGCGGAGACGCGGAGGCGGAGGCGAAAGGCGACGUUGAUGAACCGGGAAGACUUUGGAGCGUUCGUGGAGAGAUUCGAGAUACUUCCUUUCCCUCAGCCUCCUCCUCCCGCAGCCAAACAAUCUCUCUCUGGCCUUACAUUUUCUAUCAAGGAUAUAUUUGAUGUGAAGGAUUAUGUGACGGGGUUUGGGAAUCCGGAUUGGGGGAGAACGCAUGGCGUGGCUGAGAAGAUGGCGGUGGUAAUGACCGCUCUUUUGAAAAAUGGGGCUACCUGCGUUGGCAAGACUGUAAUGGACGAAUUAGCAAUGGGGAUAACCGGUGAGAAUAUGCAUUAUGGAACUCCUAUCAAUCCACAAAUGCCAUCAUUUGUCCCUGGAGGUUCUUCUAGUGGUUCAGCUGUGGCUGUUGCUGCUGAGCUUGUUGAUUUUGCCUUGGGAAGUGAUACAAUUGGUUGCAUUAGAAUUCCAGCGGCAUUUUGUGGUAUCUUUGGUUAUCGGCCAUCCCAUGGGAGUAUAUCUAUGAUUGGAGCUAUUCCGAAUUCACAAAGUCUGGACACCGUUGGUUGGCUUGCACGCGAUCCUUCUGUAUUACAUCGUGUUGGACAUGCUUUAUUGCAAUUGAAUGCUGUGGAACCCAGAAGGGCAAGGCGCCUUAUUUUUGCUGAUGAUCUUUUUCAGCUUUCUAAAGUGCCUAAGCAGAAGACUGAAUAUGUUAUUAGCAAAGCAAUUGAAAAGCUAUCUGGGUACCAGCCUCUGAAGCAUAUGAACUUAGGCCAGUAUAUUGCCUCAAAUGUACAGUCUCUAAAAGGGUUCUGUGAAGAAUCUACGCACCUGCAAAAUGGAACAUCUACUUUAAAAGCUCUUUCAUCUGUGAUGGUUUCCUUACAAAGAUAUGAAUUCAAAACAAACCAUGAAGAAUGGGUUAAAUCGGUAAAACCCAAGUUAGCACCUGAUGUCUCUAAUCAUGUUCUUGCAGCUAUUAAUACUACAUAUGAGAACAUAAAAAUGCUAUACAAGAUUAGAUCUGAGAUGCGAACUGCCCUUCAUAGUCUCCUAAAGGAUGAUGGGUUGUUAGUUAUUCCCACAGUUGCAGAUCCUCCUUUUAAGCUUAAUACAAAGAAAGUAUAUUCUACAGCGUCUUAUGAUAGAGCAUUAAUACUUUCAAGCAUUGCUAGCAUGUCUGGAUGUUGUCAGGUUACCAUUCCCUUAGGAAAGCAUGAUGGUUUCCCUGUCUCUGUUUCAUUUAUCUCGUUCCAUGGGGCUGAUAAGUUUGUUCUUGAUACGGUUUUGGACAUGUACUCAGCUCUUCAAGAGCAAGUUGGCAUUGUUUCUAAUUCAGCACCAAUACCAGAUAUCAAUGGAAAUAUUGAUGCCUCUGAACUUUUGAAAGAAAAGGGGAAUGCUGCAUUUAAGGGGAAGCAGUGGAAUAAGGCUGUCAAUUACUACACUGAAGCUAUUAAGUUGAAUGAGUUAAAUGCAACUUAUUAUUCCAACCGGGCAGCAGCUUUCUUAGAAUUAGGAUGCUUUCAACAAGCUGAAGAAGAUUGCAGUAAGGCAAUAUCACUUGAUAAAAAGAAUGUAAAGGCAUAUUUGAGGCGUGGAACAGCUAGAGAAUCACUUCUUUUCUAUAAAGAGGCUGCUCAAGAUUUCAAGCAUGCUCUUGUUCUUGAGCCGCAGAAUAAGGUUGCUAGUCUUGCUGAAAAAAGACUGAGAAAAUUGAUGAGUUGAUGCUUCACUCUUUCCUCCUCAGUCCUCACUCAGCGCCAAAAUGUAUAAGCAUUGAUGAAGAUCCAAUCCAAAGUGCAUUUUCCUUUAGAUGCUACAAUUUUGAGUUAAAAAAGGAACAAAAAGAAAGAGAGAGAUGUUCUGUGCAUAGCGUUUUAUCACAUUCAAUGUAUUUUUACUUUGAAAGUUCUUAGAUGAGAUUAAAGACAGCAGUGGCUGUUUUAAUUGUAUUUAUGAUCAUUACAAUACAACUCAAAGUUGCAUAUUGUUCAAGAGGAAAAAGAUGCGAGUGCUUACAUGUGUA